AACAACAUGGUUCGUAUGAACGGAACCGGAAGAGGGGAAGGUAUCAAUGUCAUAAUUAGAAACGCCACCUCUGAUAAUGAUAAUGGAUACGGCAAACCAAAUCACAGCAGAUGCUGUCGUUUGAUGUAGGUUAUAUGAUGAAGAGUUCAGGAAAAAGUAAUAUAUGCAAAGAUGGGCAUAUUUGGUUGACAGUCGACAUGUAACGACAUGGCGAACACACACACAUAUAUAUAUACAUUCGAGGGAGGGGAGAUUUUCUCGUCGUCUAGAGACACUGUACUGUUUUCCAUUCGCGAUCAAGGAAGUAUAACCACCGGGAAGUCUUCAGACUUUCAGCUCUUGGAAAAUAGGAUAAACAAAGACAACUCUUGCAAGUCGACGUGUCUCUCUCGAUAG